UUUCUCCUAGAAAAGAAAAUAGGCUCCACCGCGCUCGGACGAGCUCAAUGGCCAUGCAUCCCGGCGCCGGCGCGGCCCCCGCCCCGUCCGUUCCCGGCAACGGCGAGUACGACGACUUCCACUGGGAUGAUGCGGCGGAGGCGGAGCUCCAGGCCAUUGAGGCCGCCUACGCAUCCGCCUCCGCCAAGCGCCGCCGCCUCCCCAACUGGACUUCCCCAUCCCCGUCCCCCUCUUCGCGCCCCCGCUACAGCCAAAGCCCGGUUUCCAGCGGAUCGACGCCGUCAUGGGCGUUCACGCCCCCCUCCUUCCAAGGGAAUGUGAGGGCAAGGCACCAGCCAAUUUCAUUCAGCGGUAAGAUUGUUUACUGCAGGACACCUUCAGAGGUGGAGAAGGCUGCAAUCGACAUCUUAGGCAAAAUCGAGAGCAUCAAGGCCCCUGGUCCAGUUUCUCUUGGUUUUGAUCUGGAAUGGAAGCCCUUUCCAAGAAGAGGAGAACCAUGUAAAGUUGCUGUAAUGCAGCUCUGCAUGGAAAAGACUCUGUGCUACGUCCUGCAUAUCGCUCACUCUGGAGUACCACCUAUACUAAAAUCUCUCUUGGAGGAUAAUUCAUCCAUUAAAGUUGGAAUAUGCAUAGACAACGAUGCAAGAAAAAUGUUGAACGAUUAUGGUGUGUGUGUACAACCAUUAAUGGAUUUGUCAAUCCUGGCAAAUAUCAAGUUAGCUGGGCCUCCUAAAAGAUGGAGUCUUGCUUCUUUAACUCAAAUGAUCACAUGUAAAGAGUUGCCCAAGCCAAGCAACAUAAGAAUGGGAAAUUGGGAGGCUGAUGUUCUCACCAAGCAGCAACUUCAGUAUGCUGCUACAGAUGCCUACAUCUCAUGGUACUUAUAUGAGGCACUACAGAGUCUUCCAGAUUAUAAUGCUGAAGCUGAAAUUGAGUUUGUAAAGGUUUCAUAGGUUCAAAUGCACAUUCUACUGGAAAAUGUGUUGCUAAUCUAUUUGAAUAUUCCUGGUGAUCUUUUAUCUUCAUAUCUCAAUCAGGGGGCUGAGAGGAAGAUUUGCCGUCAAAAGUGAAAACCAAAUAAUUCUGAGUUUAUUGUGUGUACGUUGUAACACCUGCAGUUUGUGUUUGUCAUGUAAGCGUACGAUGGUUUGUUUACUGGAAAGCAGAACUGGAAUGUAAUUUGCUUCAUGCUGUCAAAAUUCAAUUUUCUGUAUGAGAACCUUUCUAUCCUCUAUUUAAUGCAAACAUCCGCAAUUCUGUUGCGUAUUCUCAAAAACAAAGAUUGAUUUGUAAA